AUGUCUUUGGCAGCCUCUACCUUUCCCCCGACGCGUGCGCGAGUGGACCGCCGACGCAAAUUGGGACUUGCAAACGCAGUGGCGCAGGGCCGGCCGCUUUAUCGCGUGGGAAUCAUCAGCGAGAGUGAAAUCGCCGACAUACGACGCCUUGCGAACGCCGAUGAGGGAGCAUUUGAUGCCUACAGACGAGAGGAGGACGCGCGUCGGCGGGAGGCAUCCAAGGCACGCACGGACUUAUGGCCGGACACAAUGCAGGCGAAACAGGAGGCAUUUUUGCGCCGGCGAAAAGAUGAUAAGGCGGAGGAGGAGCGUCGUGCGAACAUCAUCCUCGAGUUGGAUGCGCAGCAGCAGGAAGAGGAACGGCGGCAGCGGCAGGCGCAGCUUGCCUUGAAGUACUUGAAGGAAGACCCACGUGGUCGUAAUGUGCGGAGCCUGUUGAUGCUGGACGAGGCGAUAAAGGACCGUGAGGCACAGAUAGCCUUUAAGAAGGAGCUCAAGCGUCAGGAGGCGGAGAACGAAAAAGAGAAGCAAGAGUUGUUACAGCGGGAACAGGGAGAAAACCGUCUAACCGAGGAGCAGGAGAAGCUCACCCGACGAUCUCGGAAUGUGGAGGAGAAAAACUCACAUCUGCAGCAGAUGCUCUUUCAGAUUGCAGAACGAAAGAGGAUGAAGGCAGAAAAGAAGGAAAUGCUUGCUGAGGUGAAUCGCGGGGCAGAGGAGGAGAAGCAAGAAAAUCAGGAGGAGUUAAUGAUGCAAAAAGAAAAGAUGGUUGCAGUGCAUGCGUACAACCGUAGUAUUGCCAAGCCGCCGCUUAGCAAACACGAUAGACUCAGGCGGCGUAUUCAGCAAGAGGAGGGCGAUGACGCCGCACGCGAGCUUCAGGAGAAGAAGAUCGAGGCCAUGAAGCGAGUCCCGAUGGAACGGCUGAAGAAGAAGCAGGAAUUGUUUGAGAACCGCAAGGAGCAAUCUUGGCGUAUGUUUGAGGAGGAAAACAAGGCAAUGCGGCACAAGGAACGCACUCAGGAUGUAUUUGAACAGUGCGGCACGAGUAUCAUUGACAGCAUGGCUGCUAGGGAGGAACGUCGAAAGCAGGAGGCGUUGGAGGAGCGCCGCCGCCGCCAGGAGGAGUUUUUGCGCGUGACGAAUGGCGAGGUGGAGGAGCCGCCGGAGGGAGUGCGACGGGCAGCGACCCACCGCGCCGGCUUCAUGGACGACGAGGAGGCACGGCAGUACCAAAAGGAGAUGCGAACACAUCCAGCACGUGUGUUGGCAGAGCAACAAGCCGAGGCCGCGAAACGUCGCGAGGAGGCCGAGCUACUGCAGCACAUUCACCGUCUACAGGCAGCGGAGAAGAAGGAGAAUGAGCGACGGGAGGCAGAGGAACUUGUAGAGGCCAGAAGACGUCAACGGGAGGCGAUGGAGACAGACGACGAGCAUUACCGCACGUACGUCAAGUCACAAUUGCCAUCCGAUAUGGACCCAUAUUUGUACGCAAAGGCCAUGAAGCUGCACUGUUAA